AUGGCGCCCGCAGCAACAGGAGGCAAGAAGCAAAAGAAGAAGUGGUCAAAGGGAAAGGUGAAGGACAAGGCACAGCAUGCCGUUGUCCUCGACAAGAACAUCACCGACAAGCUGGACAAGGACGUUCAAUCCUACCGCCUCAUCACCGUCGCCGUACUUGUGGACAGACUCAAGAUCAAUGGCUCCGUGGCGCGGAGAGCGCUCGCGGACUUAGAGGAGAAGGGUCAGAUCAGAAAGGUUGUCGCACACAGUGCUUGCAAUGUUUACAGUGAGUCUCGGUCGUUUAAGUGCUUUACUUUGAGCGGUCGCUGA